AUGGAAGCGAGUCUGGAUUUUCAGGAAUGUUUCGAUCCACGUGCCGUGGGUUGGGGACGCGAGCCAAUGAGAGCCGCCUUCUUUGCAUAUGAGACUGAGGAGUUGUCAACACGCAGAGCUCCUUUGCGUGAAUCCACGCGCUUCGUGGAUCUGAAUGGUAUUUGGAGCUUUGCGUGGCGACCGUCCAUACGACUUGGCCCCGAAGGCUUUGAGAAGCCAGAGUUUGAUGAUGGUGCUUGGGGUGGAAUGCCCGUCCCUGGCAAUUGGGAGCUGAAUGGGUAUGGUUUCCCAAUCUACACAAACGUGGACUACAUUUUUCACAGCGAUCCUCCUAACAUCCGAUAUCGUGGUGAGGAUCCAGAAUACAAUCCAACUGGAUUCUAUCGGAAGAGUUUUGAAGUGCCCUCCUUCUGGCUUCAAGGUGACUAUCAGAUCUUCGUGCAUUUGGGAGCAGUUUGCUGCACUUGCCAUGCAUUUCUGAAUGGCCAAGCCUUGGGUUUCAGCACGGACAGCAAGCUACCUGUGGAGUUUGACAUCACGUCGCAGCUGCGGGAAGGCAAGAAUCUGUUGGCCCUACAAGUGCUAUGCUGGGGAGCUGCUGCAUAUUUGGAGGAUCAGGAUAUGUGGUGGUUUGCAGGAAUCACCCGGGAUGUUUACGUCUACGCGCGACCGAAGCAGCACAUCAGAGACAUCGAAGUUCGAGCUGGGUCUGAUGGAAAGUUGGAGGUCGAGGUUGACAUGGCUUGCGGAGGAUUCGCCGCCCGAUCUGAAGCGUUGCAAUGCAAGUUGCUGGAUGCAUCCGGAACGGUCCUCCAAUUUUCACUGCCACUGACCCCGCGUGGAACGACGUCUGCAGUGGGACAUUGCGCAGUGUCGCUGGCGGAGCCAAAACUUUGGAGCGCUGAGGCUCCAUUUCUGUACAAACUGGUAGUUGUCCUGGGCGGCGAGCCUUCAGCAACAGAGGCUGUCUGUGUCAACGUUGGCUUCCGCAGCAUCGAGAUACGUCAGGGCAGAUUGCUACUCAACGGUAGUGAGCUGACAAUUCGAGGAGUCAACAGACAUGAGCACGACCCAAGAAAUGGUCAUGUCGUGGAUAGAGAAUCCAUGAUAAAAGACAUCCAAUUGAUGAAGCAGAACAAUUUCAACGCGGUUCGCUGUGCACACUAUCCGAAUGAUACACAGUUCUAUGAGCUGUGUGAUGAACUCGGGCUCUAUGUAGUGGACGAAGCCAACAUUGAGAGUCACGGAGUGGACUUCAACUGGUCCAAGACGUUGGGAAACAAGGCGGAAUGGGGCGAGGCGCACUUGGCCCGUGUACAGCGCUACGUUGAGCGAGACAAGAAUUUUCCAAGCAUCAUCUUCUGGUCCUUGGGAAAUGAAGCAGGAAACGGAAUCAAUCAUUACGCGACCUACGCGUGGCUCAAGAGGAGAGAUCCAACUCGACCGGUGCAGUACGAGCAUGCGCGGAAGGAGCCAACGUGGACCACCCACGAUUUGGAGACCAUUGAUCAGAAUACUGACAUCUUCUGCCCGAUGUACCCCAGCCAUCAGAAAUUGGUGAAGUAUGGCGAGCUCUACGAAACUGAUGUUGCCGCGUUGCCCUUGAUCAUGGUGGAGUACGCGCAUGCCAUGGGCAACACCCUUGGAGCAUUCAAAGAGUACUGGGAUGUCAUCUACCAAUACGGUGUGCUGCAAGGAGGUUUCAUUUGGGACUGGGUGGACCAGGGCCUUGAGACCCAAAAGAACGGCCAAAAAAUCUGGGCCUUUGGUGGUGACUUCGGUGCCAGCGGCACCCCUUCGGAUCUGAAUUUCUGCAUCAAUGGACUCGUGCAGCCGGAUCGGAGAGCCAGUCCCCACCUCUUUGAGGCCAAGAAGGUCAUGCAGCCGGUGACGUUCCAAGCCGAUUUGGAACAAGGCACGGUCACCAUUCAGAACCGCUAUGAUUUCCUCACGCUUGAUCAUUUGGACUUCGUUUGGCAGAUCAGCGUCAACGGCAUGAUUGUCGAGACGGGCAAGCUUGAAGGUAUCAACGCACAGGCUCAUUGUGCGCAAACAGUUCAAGUGCCUACAAAGUCAAGUUCUUUGCAAGUGCCAAAGGUUGAAUGCCACUUGCUCAUUUCCGCUAGUAUGCGGCACUCCGAGCCGUGCUUGGCGAAGGGCCUCGAGGUGGCCUGGGAGCAGUGGCAGUUGCAGGAGACCACAGCAGCCGCGCCACCGCUGGGCGUAGAUCCAAAGGUGUUGCACCAGGGAUGCGAAGUGCUGGUGGCUGCGGGGGACUUAAGUGUACGCAUCGGCUGCCAGGGAUCCUCCGCUCCGGGAUGCUUGUUGGGUCUGGCAUUUCAGGGUUUGGAGCUGCUGGAAGCACCCCUGCGACCAAACUUCUGGCGGCCACCUACGGACAAUGACUAUGGAGCAAAUCUACACAAGGAUUGCGCUUGCUGGCGUUUUGCUGGCCAACAUGCUGUCUUGCUGGAAGAUUUGCAGACUAUGCCAGGUCCCGGCGUGGUGAACAUCAGCGGAAUGCUGGGCAUUGGAGCAGGAGGUGCUAAGCUCGCUGUGACCUACUCGGUGUCCUCCGUGGGCAUCACGGUGAAAGCUCAUUGGCAGCCCUGCGUUGGGCAAGGGCCCCGCCCGGCACUCGCCGGUGGAGUUGGAUAUCUGCGGUCCUGCACCAAUCGACACCUCGAUGUGGAAGGCACCGUGGUCAGAGCUCGAUGGAACGACAUGGGCGAGUGGCAAUCCCUGACGAUGAACGCGGCAAAAGAACCAGGCCAACAGCUGGAACAUGUUGACAAGAUUGCUCUUCAGGCCACAACCGGAAAGACGGAAGCAGAGCUGUUACUACAUGGCAUCGUUCCAACAGCUGAGUCUGUCGCACUGCCGGAUGGCGAGAGCGCUUUUAGUGUCGAGGCCUCGGGGGAUCCCAGGACGCCCUGCUGGAGGAUUCUGCGGAAGGAGGGUGUUGGGAAGCUGAAGUCGGGCGACAAGGUGUCACUGGAGACAGACAGGAAAUUCUUGGCUGUUUCUGAUGAGAACGCAGUUGCUGUGGACAAAGAGUCAUCCCUCACUGAGUUCACUCUGGACAUCAAGGACCAAUCUGCCCCCAUGCGCAUCGGCUUCACGACAACGUUGGUGGAUGGCUUUGAGGAUGUCGAAUGGUUUGGCCGUGGUCCCCAUGAAUCCUACGUGGACCGACAUGCCUCCGCCAGAGUCUCGCUGCACCGGGGAAGCAUCUUGGAGCAAACGGUGAAAUAUGUCCGGCCACAGGAGAACGGAAAUAAGUUCCAAACUCGAUGGAUGGCCUUGAAAAGGAAGCAGAGUGAUGCCUGCAACAUGCUUUUUAUCGCUGCCAAGGAUCCGCCGUCGUUGGAGAUGCAGUGCCAUCGUUAUGACCUCGCAGACUUCGAUGGGGGCGAAGAGAAGGCAACGCAGCGCUUUUUGCACGCUGGGGAGCUGGUGGAACGUCCGACCACGGCCUUGUGCAUCGAUGUGUUGCAGAUGGGCGUGGGAGGCAUCGAUUCCUGGGGCAACAAGCCCUUGGCGGAGCACAUGAUCGGAGCUCAACAGGAAGCCACCUGGGCUUUUCAGCUCCUGCCAGGCAGGCAAACUGAAGAGGGCGAUUGGCGUGUUCAGCUGGCAGGAGUUUGUGCCGACAAUUGGAUGAACAAGUACGAAGGUCGCCGUGCCGCGAAUCCCGCCGAAAUGCAGUUCCUCAAAGUGGUACUGGUUGGUGCUUUGGUGGCCGAGUCUCGAGUUGGGCUUUCCGCGCUUUCCGUGGAUGCACCCGCCGGCGUUGUGGGUGAAGCUUGUGGUGAGGCUGAGUACGAACGCUUCAAGACCAUCGUCUGCGAUUUGCGUGAGGCCUGCGGAUGCAAGGGAGUGCUUUGCGAACAGGAGAAGUGUUCAGCUGCGUUGGCUGUAUUCUGCGACUUUGCUGCUUUGUUGAGGUUCAUCUACAAGCUCAUCACAACGGCUGCUGGUGGUGAUGUUCAAUGGCUGAGGCUGAAUGCCAGCACCAUGGGCGCAGAGAAGCACCACAGGACCAAAAAAGAAGCUGCAAAGCUGCCAUGUGAGGCGGAGGCCAAGAAACAGCGUCAGCGCCAGCACUUUGAGGCAGAAUCCAUUUGGGCGGAAAUUGCUCACAUGGAACGGAGUGAAGCCAGGAUCCGCAGCGAGGAAGCUGCUGAGAGAAAGGCUGAAAAGAAGCUGCGGCAGGAGGUGGAAGAAGAGAGACGGAAGCUGGAAGCCUGCCCAUCCAAGCUGCCCAAUGAGCGGCUUCAACGGGCAGAUGAGGCCGUGGACAUCGUUUGUAUGAAGAUGUCUCAGCUGGAGAAUUCGCAAGCUGCCAGACAGGAGAAGGUGGAAAAGGAGCACAAGAAGAAGGUCGCGGCUUUGCGAAGAGAAUGCGAGGAGAUGAAGAGGGAGAUUGGAGCCCGGAGAGUGCAGCAGGUUGUGCCCGCUGCGGGCGGUCCACAGGCAAAAGCUCACAAAGCGUCCUCGCCCAAGAGGCAACAAAAUUACAACGGACAGGAGGAAACAUCAGUUUCAAAAGGCCUCUCCAAAACUCGGAGGUUGGAAGCGGUAAAGCGCAUCCAACGCAAUGUUCGUGGAUGGCAAAGGAGGAAGCGUGCACAGGCAAAAGUUCGUGCGCACAAAUCAGUUCACGACUCCAUCUUUGAACAGCAGUCAAUCGAAGACAUUUCACCGGAACCUUUGGAUGUCCCAAGUCCACGUUCCUUGCACAGUCCCGUCAGUUCAGAGUCCAUGGCAAGAUCAAUCCCUUCAGAUCAAGAAUGA